AAUGUGUUUUCGGCUGAAGCUUGGUGAUUGUGAGGAUUUAUCUGCAGAGUAAACAGCGCCGUUUGCGCGUUCGGUCGAACAUGAAAGUGACGGUGUGUUUCGGGAGGACCCGGGUGGUGGUACCGUGCGGGGAUGGAAACCUGAACGUCCGUAGCCUCAUCCAGCAAGCCAUCAUGAGAUACAGGAAAGCCAUAGCUAAGGACCCAGGCUACUGGAUCCAGGUUCACCGGUUGGAGCACAGCGAUGGAGGCAUUCUAGACUUGGAUGAUGUGUUGUGUGACAUUGCUGAUGACAAAGACAGGCUGGUGGCAGUGUACGAUGAGCAGGACCCUCACCAUGGAGGAGAUGGCACCAGCGCCAGCUCCACAGGCAGCCAGAGUCCAGAUGUGUUCAGCAGGACAGAUCUCAGCUCUGGCACAUCCUCCGCCUUCCAGCCUUAUCAGAACAGCAGUGAGAUCGAGGUCACAUCUUCUAUGCUUACUAACAUGGCUCUCCAAGUGAGGCGUAGUAGUGAUCCAGCUCUUCUGGCUCUGACAGAGGUUGCUGUUCAGUCAGAGGAGCCGUCCAGGAAAAACCCAUCACGCUGGUCCACCACACCUGGCUUUCUUAGUGGCAGCCAGGGCAGUGGAGCACACGGCAUGAAGCACAAGGGUAAAGAGCUAACCACAUACCACAGUCUACCCCGGGACACAGCAGCUUGGGCCACCCAGUUCAAAAGAGACGCUCCCCGCUUGUCUCUCAGUGCCAACCACCCCAUGGUGGACCUCUGGCUUAAACACCAGGAGCAGGAGGAAGAGGAGCAAGAAAGAAGAAGAGACAAAGGCAAAAAUGGUCGAAUAGAGCCAGUGGGCAGGGCGGACUCCCUUUCACUAGAGGAUCUACUUAAACCAGUGGAGGUAUCGAAUGGUGGCGGGCCGCUGGGUAUCCAUGUGGUAUCGUUCAGCUCCGAUGAAACCAGGACUCUGGGGUUGCUGGUGAAAAGGCUGGAGAGAGGAGGAAAGGCCGAGCGUGAGGGGCUCUUCCAAGAAAACGACUGUAUCAUACGCAUUAAUAACGACAACCUGCGCAACAUCCGAUUCGAACAGGCACAGGACUUAUUCAGACUGGCCAUGCGCUCCCCAUUCAUCCUCUUCCAUGUAGUUCCAGCAGCGAAAAUGCUUCAGUAUGAGCAGUUCUCCAAGAGUGAAUUGAGCCUUAAGCCUGGUCCAGGGCCCGGUCCAGGGCCCGGUCCAGGUCCAGGUUCAGGUUCAAAACGGAUGUCUCUUACCACAACUAGUCGCCUGACACCUGACCCCAAACCUGGGCAAAGGAACAGUGUAGCGGUGGGGGGUGAUUACAACGCUAAAAGGUUGUCCAAAUCCGGUCCUCACCCAAACCUUAAUCACCAGCCACCUUCUUCUCACCUGGAUCAGUCUUAUACAGUAUCAGCACCCAGCAUUACUCCACCCACCAAUAGCGCCACCCCCAUGACUUUUUCCAAAAAGAUUGGCCGCAGAUUCAGUGUCCAGCUCAGAAAAGGUCCGGAGGGGCUAGGUUUCAGUAUUACAUCGCGAGAUGUCCCAAUCGGAGGCUCUGCUCCCAUAUAUGUAAAAAACAUCCUUCCUCGUGGAGCUGCUAUUGAGGAUGGCCAACUGAAAGCUGGAGACCAGUUACUAGAGGUGAAUGGAGUGGAUCUGAAUGGAAAAUCUCAGGAGGAGGUGGUAUCUCUACUCCGCUCCACUCCAAUGGGAGGCAGUGUUAGCCUGCUCGUCGUCAGACAGGAGGACGCCCUACUGCCCCGAGAAGUGAAAGCGGAGGAUGGUGACUUGGUGCUGACUCCCGAUGGAACGGGGGAGUUUUUGACUUUUGAUAUCCCCCUAAAUGAUUCUGGUUCGGCAGGUUUAGGGGUCAGUGUCAAGGGCAACCGUUCCAAAGAGAACCAUGCUGACCUGGGCAUCUUUGUCAAAUCUAUUAUCAAUGGAGGAGCUGCCUGCAAGGAUGGGCGCUUGAGAGUGAAUGACCAGUUGUUAGCUGUGAAUGGCGAAUCGCUGGUAGGGAAGACAAACCAGGAGUCUAUGGAGACUCUACGCAUGUCUAUGAGUGUAGAGAGCAACAAAAGAGGCAUGAUACAACUCAUAGUGGCCCGGAUGGUGAGCAUGAGGAACAAUGUUGGCCCGGGAGACCCAACAGUGUCCAAACACCCCUUGAACCGACCCUGUGAUGAUCGUGAACGGCGGAUCUCACACUCUCUCUACCCUGCAGCCAUGGAGGGCUUAGACGAACCCAUCAAUACACAGUCUUCCAUCAUGGGCAGACUGAUGGGUAACUACCAGAUGUCCCCCACGGUGAACAUGCCUCAGGACGACACUGUCAUCAUCGAACACGAUAGACCACCUGUUAUUCCUGUCCGCCUGUCCGACCAAUCAUCGUCCAGCUCCCACGAUGACAUGGGAUUUGUGAUGGAGGGAUCCACUUCCUGGGCCCAAAAUAUUCCGAAUCAGGAUGAAAGUUCCUUAAGUCCGGAUGCACAUCCUGUAGGGACGUUUGAGCGAGAGGGCUUUGGCAGGCAGAGCAUGUCUGAGAAAAGAACCAAACAGUAUGGGGAUGCUGCUGAACUCGAAAUUGUCAAGACACGCAAAUCUAAGAGUAUGGAUUUAGUAGCUGACGAGAUUAACCUCACACCCCGUCCAAACAGCACAGAAGGAAAUCACACACAGGAUGUUGGGCCUAACCUGGGCCUAAAAAAGUCUAGCUCAUUGGAGAGUCUUCAGACAGCCGUGGCUGAAGUGACACUCAAUGGGGACGUGCCCUUCCACCGACCCCGCCCCAGGAUCAUUCGCGGCGGCCGGGGCUGCAAUGAGAGCUUUCGCGCAGCCAUAGACAAAUCUUACGACAGACCUGGCAUGAGCAUGGUGGCAGAUGAGGAAGAGGAUGAAGGCAUGGAAACAUUGGAGGAAGACACGGAGGGAAGCUCCGUCUCAACAGCCAACGACAUGCCAGCAGGUGGAGCAACCUACCGGGAAGACCAGGUGAAUGGUGGAAGAGAGCGCAAGAAGGAGAAAGAUGAAAAGGAGAAGAAGGACAAGAACAAACCCAAGAAAGGCAUGCUCAAAGGCCUGGGAGACAUGUUCAGAUUUGGCAAGCAUCGCAAAGAUGAGCAACCAGGAAACAAGGCAGAGCGCAAAGGCUCAAGCAAGAACCGAAUGGAGGACACCCAGGCCACAGAGGAGGAGAUGCUGAGGAUGCGACUGGAGAGGGAAAGAAUCCAGGCCAAGACCAGAGAGCUACGGGAGCGGCAGGCCAGAGAGAGAGACUACGCCGAGAUUCAUGAUGUGACCCAGGCCUUCAGCUCUGAUGAGGAGCACACCUACGCAGGGAUCGGCUCACUCGACUCAUCUAUGGACAGCAGCCAGAGCUUGAAUCAGGAGCAAAGGCCUUACAGUCCGAGAGAUCCAGCCGUGGAGAGCCUGUACGCCCAGGUCAACAAGCCUCGCAAUGGAGGGCCUGCCUCUAUUGUAGAAAGCAACAGACUGGCACCUAGCAACCAUGACCGGAUACAUCGACUGAAGCAGGAGUUCCAGCAGACCAGGCAGGAGGAGGAGCCCGACGACCCUCGGCGUACCUACAGCCUCAAGCAGCAGCCAUGGGCCAGCGCUGGUGGUUACAGUCAGACAGGACGCCAUUCUGUUUCUGUAGACAUUCAGUUGCAGAAACAGCGACAAGAUGACAGAGAGGUCUUUGCACAAUCCCAGAGACAAUACAACUCUUUACCCAGACAACCGCGUAAGAAUGCCAGCACUGUCUCUCAGGACUCAUGGGAUAAAGUCUACCCCCCUGGUGAGGUCUUCCAGUCAUCUAAAGAAAACCCACGGUACUCAAGCUACCAGGGCAACCGCAGUGCUAACGGAUACCUGAGUGGCCCGACAUCGGGCCUAAAUGCUCGUGUGCUGCUGGAGACGCAUGAGCUACUCAGGCAGGAACAAAGGCGUAAAGAGCAGGAGGCACAAGCCAAGCUUACUCUCCCUGUCGACUCCCUGGCCACUUUCUCAACCGCUGCAGCCUCUAAAGGUCCCUACCGGCAGGACGUACCCCCCUCACCCUCCCAGCUGGCUCGCAUUAAUCGGCUUCAGAGCCCUGAGACGAGCAGGCCCUUCUAUUAAGGACACGGUGAUGCUGCAAAGAGACAACUUUUGCUUUUAAGUAAACCUGGGGUUUUGUUGACUAUUUUAUAUCUGUACAAUGAAUCAC